CUCCCUUGGUGAAGCCCAAGUGUGUUGCAAUUCGCACAUAGUACCAAGCGUGUUCAUCAAGCGGUAUUACCGGUAUAAGAGGAAGCAGGCGAGACGCCCUUUGGCCUGCCGAGCACUAGCGCGGCACCAACUUCGGGCCCAAGCGGCUGCGAGCCCAUGUUACGAGGCGAGUAGCUACAGGCUCGCACAGCCGACUUGCAAUGGAAGUCGCGGCGGCAGGACCAAGUUCGGGUCGGUGGCAUAUUCCGACCGACCCACCAGCGCAGGGCGCGCCCUCGGCGCCCUCGCGGCAAGGCUGGGAGCGGCCUGCCGAGCUGGUACACGGCGCGCUGCCGCCUCAGGCUGCUGCGGAAUGCGAUGCGGACCAACAGCGGCCGCUGCAGCAGCAGCCGCUGACUUUUAGCCGCUGGUUCGCGCGGCGAACGCGCAGAGCGGACAUCGCGAUAAUCACAGUCGAGGCCCUGUUUAUGAGCUGGCUCCACGCCGCUCGCCUCGGCGGGGCGCUUUACUGCGGCGAGGGCGCGGCCGCGGCCAGCAGCAGCGCCGGCAGCGCCUACCCGUGCGGCGGCGGGCUGUGGUCCAAGCUGCUGUGGUCGCUGAGCUCGGGCGCGGUGCUGGACCCAGUGCUGCGGCUGCGGAUGUGGGACUAUGGCGGACUGCUCUACACCUGGACCCAUCUGGCGGUGGUGCUGAUUGCGCUGCUGGCCCCCGCGCUGUACGAGCGCUGCCGACACGCGCUGAUGGCCGGCGUGGGUGUCGCCAUGCUGCUAGGCGUGCACUGGUCGCUGUGGGCCGCGCCGUCUGCGGCCUUGACGGCAGCGGCCUACUACGCAGCCGGGCGCCGACGCAUGGGGGCUGUGUACAUGGGCUGGAAGAGUGCCACCGUGUUUCGGGUGCCCGCCUCCGCUCAGCUGGUCACGGGGCCGCUGCUGUGGCUGCUGAUGGCGGCCGCACUGCCGAUGACCGACCGCCGCAUGCCGCCGCCCGGCAGUGACGCAGGCGGCGGCACAGACAUCCUGAGGCUUGCGGUCCAGUCGCUGCUUUCAUUUGUGGUCAUCGCCGUUCUGCCCUACGUCCUCUGCCGCGUCCGGGAGGCGCGGGUGCUGCGGCCCGCUUACCGCGAGUACUUGCGCAGCUGUGCGCGUGCUACUGCCGGCGGAGGCGGCGAGGGUGGCGGCGCAGCGAAUGACCCCAGUUUCCGAUCGUGUGUGGAAAGCCAGGUUGCUGGCGAGGAGGUUAGCGGCAGCGGACGGUCGAGCCCCACCUGCGCGACGGGCGGGGCAGCAGGCGGCGAGUGCAUGAGCAGCAGCCGCGCAACUUCGCCCUCGCCCUCCGCCUACACCUCAGCCUCAGCCUCAGCCUCAGGAGACUCGCUCGGCCAGUUCGUUGCUGCCACCGCCGCAUGCCGCGCUCCAACGCCCGCCCUCGAUGGGCUCAGCCGCUGGGCCGGUCACCGCAGCAUCCUCGACCUGCCCAGGCGGCUGCCUCUUCCCGGCAGUCCUUUGGCAGUGCCGUCUGGCUUGCAGCCAGCAGGGGCUUGCGCCCCGGUCCCGACAGCACACGCUUCCGCGGACGCCCCCCGUUCAGUGCUGUACCGGUCCCACACCAUGGCUAACGGGCUUCUGAGCCGCAGUCGCAGCGCCCUGGUAAGCAUCAAGGUGCCCAUUCGGCACCGCGGCUCUGGCUCCGGCUCCAGCAGCCUUGCCAGGAGUGCCGUUGAGAGCAGCUCUAGGGAUUUGCUGUCAUUCGAGCAGGCGUCAGCCCUUGUGCUGCGCUGCACAGAAGCCGCUCUUAACACACACAAUGCUACACAAGCUCAGCGGCGGCUGCAGGCAGCGGCGCCUGCGGCCGUGCCGCUGCGCUGCCUGUCGGCGGUGUGUGUGGAGGGCUGCGUGCAGCUGCUGAUGGUGGUGCACUUCGUGACGGCGGGGGCGGAAGAGGAAGGGCCUGGUGGGCAGUCUGUGGGGCAGGAGGCUCAAGGCGGGGGUUCCUCCCUACACCGGUCUGUUCACCACGUGCGGCUUCAGCCAGAGCAGCUGUCCGGCGCAGCCGCGGCUGGUCAGGUGCGCAAGGCUGCAGCCGGCGCAUCGGCUGCGGUGACGGCAGAGGGGGGCGCCGGCGAUGAGGAGCGGGCGAUGGCUGCGGCCGCAGCUGCAGCCGUGCAACAGCUGCUGGCGCACAUCGAGGCGAAGGUGGAGCAGAUGCCAGCAGCUACCGGCGUCUCCGCCGCCAGCGCCAGUAAUGGCCCUUCCGUCACGGCUGCCUCAACCGCCGCGCCAGCCUUCUGCUGGCCGCCCGCGCUGCCGCUGUUGACAGCUGCACCCGGCGAUGCGGCAGCAGGUGCUGAGGUGGGCGGGGCAGCUGGUGAGGGUGACGAGGCGGUGGUGGUGCUGCUGCAGCUGCCGGCGGGCUCGGCUCGUGGCCUGCGCUCUGUGCGCUGCGUGCUAGCUGGACCAGCAGCGGUACCGGCAGCACCGGAGCCCGGAGGAGACGGCGCAGGCGCGGCGGCGGCUGUAGCCUACAUGGAUGUGGAGCUGCCGCUGCGGCUGCUGCAACAGCCACUGGCGGGCGGCGAUUCAGGCGGCGUGGAGAAAUCUACUGUGUCGGCUUACGUCAGGCUGCCCGUGCCUCCGCGUGCACGCAUGGGGGCCGGCGGGCUGCGCAUGCUGCACGUGCUGCCACCCUUAGGACAUGACGAUGCACCAUCGGCCGAGGAGAAUCACUUUGCUGACGUCACCACCACCACCAUUCGACCAACAUGGCUGGCAGCAGAGCAUGGGGCCGAGGGCACGACCGCAUUCCCGGCGGCCUCCUCCCUGGCCUCCUCCGCCUGCGGCACUGCAGCAGACGCCUUUGCACGCGCGUCAACCUCUACAAACGACUACUCCGCUUUUAAUUUCUCGGCCGCCUUCUCCUCAUCUGCUAACGCGGCCGGCACCUCCAGUGCCCGCAGUAGCAUGAGUGGCGGCCCCGACAGCACCGCACCACUCGCGGUCGUGCCGCUGCUGGUGGUGGGGUCUGAGGCGGCGGCGGAGCUGCAGCAGCUGCAUGGGCAGGUGCUGGGAGCCGCGGCAGUGACACAGCUGCAUCAGCUGACCACCACGGCUGUAGCAGGCGCGGCUGUGGAGGCUGAGGGAGGCAGCAGCCACAGCGCUGGAGAGGGGCUGUCGGGUGCUGCCGCGGCGCUGCAGCACAGCGGCCUGACCAGUCUGGUCCUGGAUUUUGGGGCGCUGCUGCAGCUGCCUCAGAGCUUUGCCGCCAGUGGCGCUGACGCCGAUGAGGCUGCCAUCACGGAAUUAGCGGCGAUGGCGUUUGGUGACCUGUUGCGCUUCCUGGCGGCACAGCGCAUGGCGGGCUGCCGGUGUGAAGCGCUGGCGGCGCUGCAGCGGGCAGGCGUGCAACUGCUGCUGCCGGGAGAGGACGCGCAGGAGGAGGGCGGCUCGGAGGCAGCAAUGAGUGGCGGGGUAAACCCUUUGCGGGCGGCGGUUGCGAACAUGUUGCCGGCUGUUGUAGUAGGCCCACCGCUCAUUACCGCAGUCGCCGCUGCAGUGGAGGGCUCCGGUGCUACGCAAGCCUCGCCGCCUCGGGCUGCCCACAUGUCUGCUGCGGCGGGCACUGUCGCCGUAGCCGCAGCCGCAGCCCGCGGCACAGACACCAACGGAGUCGGCGGCUCCAGCGCUGUGCCCAGUCCAGCCAGCCGCCCCUCACGUUCCGACUCAGGCUGUUGCUCAGGGGCUGCGACGAAGCUGGUCUCUACAGCGACGGCGGCACCAGCUGCGUCAGGAGGCACACCGCAGGAGAGAAAAGCCGCUGCGGUGCCCCUGGCGCUACCCGGCCAGCCUGGCGGCCGCCUGUCAACACAGCUGGUGAUCUGGUGGCUGCGAGUUCUGGCGUUUGGUUUCCCCGGCCCGUCGACCGCCGAUUCCGGCACCCCAGGUCGUCCACAGCAGCAGUCUCCGGGCUGGUCCGCAGCUAGACCGAGCCGGACAGAGGCGGCUUACCAGGAGCACAAGGCCGCGGGCUGUCGCGCCCUGGACCGUAUGGCGCUCGUUAUCGUGACCGUGUUCAGGAUGCUGUCGCUGCUGCGGACAUGCACGGCGACCGCGAGGGGCAGUGCCGCAACGGCGACGCAGCACACGGCAGUAACCGGACCGGCGCAGCCCCCAGCCGCGGGGCUCGAGCUGUGCGCCGCUGCCGGCGGCGGCUGCCCGCGGCCGUACCUGGAAGGCCGCUGCGGCGGCCUGACAGGAAGCCAGCUCGAGGUCAUUGGGCAGUGUCUCUUCCUGGGAGCAGGCAUGCUGGGCAUCGCGCUGGCGGCCUGCACGCGGCUGCACCAGCGGCGGCGCAACACCUUCCUGCUGCUGCGCGCGGGCCUGGACGCCGCGGUACUGCUGGCGAUGACACUGCCGCUACCGCGCUGGCCGGCGCCGCUGCUGGGGCUGCCGGCGUGGUGGUUGGAGAACAACCGGCGGUGCAAGUUUCACUGCCUGGUCUACUGCCUGUUCGAGCCGCUCACACUACAGAUGUCUCCGUACCUGCAAGCACGGCUGGAGCUGAUAAGAUUUGUCCCCGCAACGCUAUACGAAUUCUACAGCUUGGGCUGCCGCUGGCGGCCCGCGCUGGGCUCCGGGCUGGCGCACGCGGCCGCCGCCAUCCUGCUGUCCGCAUUCACGGACGCCUUCAGCCGGGACGCCUACAUGCGCAGGGCCCGCGGCGGCCGGCAAUGAACUCAACAAAGAUCUGUGUCCAAGCACAACAUUUUGGCAGCAGUAAUGUUCUAUGAGCGUGCACUGGCAACCAGCCAGGUGUUGCCAUGCAACCUCCUCCCGCAUCAUCACGGCUGGAGGUGGUCGUGCUUUCUGAUGUAUGACUCCUGCGCGUAGGAGAUGCCAGGGAUCUGCUGGGCUCAGCCUAGCAUCUGUGCAGACGUGCGUGUACAUAGCGGCAUGGGGCAGGCGCUCAUGCAUUCCGACCAAGCAUACGCAACCACGCACGAGUAAGAGCGCAGUUUGGUAGUGUGUCGUCCUGCCACUCCGGAGUUCAUUAACGGAGUUCACAAAUGGAAUUCGUUAAGGAAGCCCUUGCUGGGCGACGACGAAGGGCGCGUUAGGUGCGGGAUUGCAUUGAUAUCACUAUAUCAGGUGCGGUACGUGUUGUGCGGUGUUGUGCCAGAAUCGUCGGCGCAGUCUCAUGUGCACACACGCCGGCGGUCAUGUGCAUGCAACGGAGCGAUGUAGUGCCGCCCAUACCAGCUACCGCGGACUUGAAUGGCCAAAGCAUACGGUUCCGACAGAGACGCAAAUAGCAGAAUUGCGGUGCACUACAUUACAGGCCUGCUGGGGUCCGGGGACUGGGGCCCUGUUCGGCGGCAAGGCGCCUGGCGCAUGUCGCGUGCGUGUGGCAGCACUUGGCAUGCAGUAGCUGCACGACCUCGCCCAGCAAGGGCAUCGUCACUGAACUCCGGAGUGGCAGGAAUUGCGCAUCAAUCGGUGGUGCGGGUCUCAGAGAGUGGAGCUGUCUGAGCGCAUAAGUGAUCGCCCCUGGUGCCGCAGUUUGGCGGCGGAGCGUGGGGUCUACUGGGGACGAGCAUGGCGGUCGCAUGGGGCGCGCCAACCGUCUGGUCGUUGCCA